AUGGAUACUGCUGCGCUUCGGGGCCUGCUCUUGGGCAGCUUGUCCACCGAUGCCGACAGCAGACGACGGUCCGAGCUACAGCUGAAGCAGGUCGAAGAGCAACCCGGCUUCGUCGAUGCCCUGUUCGAUAUUCUACAAUCCGAGCGGGAUGCAAGCGUGCGCCUAUCGACUGUUAUUUACAUUAAGCACCGUGUCAAUCGCGCAUGGUACCAGACCGAACAGUAUUCUGGCGAAUUCAUAAUACCCGAGGAUGAAAAAUCUCGCGUCCGAGACCGCUUGGUCCCGGUCCUGGCCGCCUCCGAUGGUUCUGUGCGCCAGCAGCUUAUUCCCGUGCUUCAGCGCGUUCUGCAGUGUGAUUUCCCCAGCAGAUGGCCGCGUUUCAUGGAUUUCACCACUGAGCUGUUAAACACCAAUACCCCCAGUUCAGUUCUCGCUGGACUUCAGUGCUUGUUGGCAAUAUGUCGUGCCUUCAGGUACAAGUCCCACGACAACCAAGACAGAGCACAAUUCGAUACCAUUGUCGAGAACAGCUUCCCGCGCUUGCUUGUCAUCUGCAACGAGCUCGUGAAUCAGGAAAGCGACGAGGCCGGCGAGAUGCUUCACCUUGCCCUCAAAUCUUAUAAACAUGCAACAUGGCUCGAGCUUUCUAGUUACUUGCGACAGCAACAGGUGAAUAUUGCAUGGUGCACUGUAUUCUUGCAGACAGUGUCAAAAGUCGCACCCCCCAAUGCUAUGCAGGGCGAUUCGUUCGAUCGCGAGAAGCACCACUGGUGGAAGGCCAAGAAGUGGGCUUUCUUCAAUCUGAAUAGGCUCUUUAUUCGGCACGGAAACCCGGCCAGCCCUGGAAAAGGUGACGAGGCUGCAGAAUUCGCCAAGAACUUCAUCAGCACAAUCGCUCCUGAAAUUCUCAAGCAUUAUCUCCAAGAAAUUGAAAAAUGGGUGGCCAAGACAUCCUGGCUCAGCCGACCUUGCCUCUCCUACGUUAUCGUAUUUCUAGACGAAUCUGUUCGCCCCAAGGAAAUCUGGACUCACUUAAAACCCCAUCUCACCAACCUUGUUACCCACUUCAUCUUCCCCGUCAUGUGCCUCUCUGAGGAAGAUGCCGAGCAAUUCGACGAUGAACCCGAGGAAUACUUGCAUCGCAAGCUCAACUACUUUGAAGAAGCAUCUGCCCCUGACGUGGCCGCCACAAAUUUCCUUGUGAACCUUACGAAAAACCGCCGGAAAGAAACAUUCGAGAUCCUUAAAUUUGUCAACGCCGUUGUCAACGAUUAUGAGCAAGCCGCUGAUGACAAGAAGAACCACAUGGCCAAGGAGGGUGCCCUGCGUAUGAUUGCGACUCUGGCACCAGUUAUCCUGAGCAAGAAGAGCCCCAUCGCUGACCAGGUUGAAUACUUUCUCGUGCGAUAUGUGUUCCCUGAUUUUACAAGCAGCCAGGGUUAUCUCCGCGCUCGUGCCUGUGAUACCAUUGAGAAAUUUGAGCAGCUCAACUUCCAGGACCAGAACAAUCUGUUGACUAUCUAUCGACACAUUCUGGAUUGUAUGGCGGAUCCCGCCCUCCCAGUUCGUGUGACUGCUGCCUUGGCGUUGCAGCCUCUCAUCAGACACGAUGUCAUUCGCACCAGCAUGCAGCAGAGCAUUCCAACCAUCAUGCAGCAACUUCUGAAAUUGGCCAAUGAGGUGGACAUAGAUGCGCUGGCCAAUGUUAUGGAGGACUUUGUCGAAAUCUUUGCCACAGAACUUACCCCGUUUGCUGUCGCGCUGUGCGAGCAACUACGAGAUACUUACCUUCGCAUCGUUCGUGAGCUUCUUGAGAAGGAGAGCAAAGCUGGAGAGGAUGGCGAGCUGUACGCAGACUACGACGACAAGAGCAUCACUGCUCUUGGUGUAUUGCAAACAAUUGGCACUUUGAUCCUCACACUGGAAAGCACCCCCGACGUCCUUCUCCAUAUUGAGGCGGUUCUCAUGCCCGUAAUCAAGGUCACUCUGGAGAACAAGCUUUAUGAUCUGUACAAUGAAGUCUUUGAAAUCAUCGACAGUUGCACUUUCGCUGCCAAGGGUAUCUCGCCCAACAUGUGGCAAGCAUUCGAGCUUAUUCACACUACCUUCAAAGCCGGCGCAGAGUACUACUUGGAGGACAUGCUUCCGGCAUUGGACAACUUUGUUCAAUAUGGCACGCCCGAGCUCAUUCAGAAUCCUGAGUACAUACAAGCCUUGUACUCGAUGGUCGCUGACAUGUUCACCGAUCAGGUCCAAGGCGGCGUCGAGCGAAUUUGUGCCUGCAAGCUUGCGGAGGCCAUGAUGCUCAGUCUCAAGGGUCACAUUGAUAGCUGCAUUGAAGGCUUCAUCAAUAUGGCUAUGAAUAUUCUGGCAACCCAGGAAGUGAAGAUCAAGAGCUACAAGAUUCACCUCAUGGAAAUGGUCAUCAACGCGAUUCACUAUAAUCCAUUGCUAACCUUGCAGGUGCUCGAGAAUAAGGGUUGGACAAAUCGUUUCUUUAGCUUGUGGUUUGGCAGCAUGACAUCCUUCAGCCGGGUGCAUGAUAAGAAGCUCUGUAUCGUCGCCAUCUCCGCUCUGCUUGGCGUUAAUCACGAACAAGUGCCUGCAAGUGUGUCUGUCGGUUGGCCUAGGUUACUGCAGGGCAUUACGGAGUUGUUCCGAACUCUGCCAAAUGCCUUGAAGAAUCGCGAAGAAGCCUUGCGCGACGAUUUCCACCUUGAGACGAGCUACGACUAUGGCGAUGAGGAUGAAUGGGACGAAAGUGAAGCCAACUGGAAUGGCGAGGAGGAAGAAACUAAUGAGGAAGAGCCUCUGGAAUCAAAGGAUGAGAGCAAGGCAUAUCUCGAAUUUUUGAACGAUGAGGCCCAAAAGUAUAGCCGAGCCAUCGAAGACGUCGACGACGACGAGUUGGGCGAGGACAGUGUUCUGCUAGACUCCCCUCUUGACAAGGUCGAACCGUAUUCGCUUUUCAAGAAUACUCUUCUAAAAAUGCAACAAGAACAACCUCAAUUCUAUAACAACCUCGCUGGACAUCUUUCGGCUGAGGAGCAAAAUGUGCUUCAGACCAUCAUGGCGAAGGCUGAUGAGAUGCUUGCCGAUUACGAGUCACAACUGCGACUGUUGCAGGAGCAAAAUGCGCGCGCGGCUACUGGUGCUCCAGCAAGCUAA